AUGCAGGCACAUCUUUCGGCUAUUCAUGACAAAAUGUGGGACGUGAUAAGCGAAAGUCCUAUCGUCGUUAUGAUGGUGAACACUGAGGCAGCUGCACAAGGAGCAGAUGGAGAAGCCAUGAUACCUAAGCCGAAAUCUCAACUCACUUCAGAUGAGAAGGCUCGGGCAAACCUCGACAACGUUGCACUAGACAUUCUCUAUAAGUCUCUAGACGACUCGUUGUUCCCUAGAGUACGAAAAUGCACCACAGCAAAGCAAAUCUGGGAUACUCUCAUGAGUUUAGGCGAAGGAGACGAACAGGAGAAAGAUAACAAGCUCACCGUGGCCAUGAAGAAGUUUGAGGACAUCGAAAUGAUGCCAAGUGUAGCCAUCACCGAUAUGGAGCUCAAAUUCACAAAACUCAUGGGUGAUCUCACGGAUCUUGGAAAAGAGCCAACUGAAAAGGAGAAGAACUUAAAGAUUCUUCGAGGGCUUCCAAAAUCUUGGGAUAUGAAAGUAACAGUCAUGAGAGAUCACAGAGACAUGAAGACAACCAGCACGAGUAAGAUCUUCAGCGAUCUCAAAGCAUAA